UCCUGCAGCAUUGAUCAAUCACUGCGAGGAACAGGAACACGACUCAGACAAUUCAAAUCUUCGAGACAAACCUUUUUUGCUUUUGCUGGAUUAUAUACCUAUCUAGACAUUAUCGCCACAGCGAUUACCAAUAUCGCAAUUUAUAGACCGCAUCGAAGCUAUUGCAUUCAUCCUCGGCGAUCUCGCACCGAAGGUUAACUCCAUCCGUACAACAUCUUACUCGAAAUCCUCCACAGACAUUUAUAUGCAUUAUUGGCAAAGGUAGCACGCACCACAGGCUCUCUCGACGCCUAGAAUGUCCUCUUCCCGCAAUGCCUCCAUCCCACACGCUCCCACGACCCCGAGCGGAUUGCGCGAAUCCCACACGAUAGCAGGCUCACCAGAAGACACCCGAAUCGCAGAAGCAGACACGGCGCCUAGCAGUUCCGAGCCUUCUCCCACUUCUAGACCUACGCAUACCCAUCACGAUGACGAGCCAGACGACUUGAUGGUGGAUGGAGAGCCGGAGAGUAUAGGGAGCAAAGUCGCGAAUGAGACGACGGCUUUGCUGAGGAAGCCGUUUGAGUUUGUGACGGGACACCCGCAUGCGGGACCGUGUAAUCAUGGGACGUUUAGUCCCGGGAUCGAGAGUAGAGCGGACAGUAUACGGAGUGGGCACAGUGGGAACAGCUUUGGCGGGGCGAGACCUGGCUCCGGAGAAAGCAGUAGAGGCAUAUUUGGGAGUUUGAUGGAGAAUAUGAGGAUGAAGAAUGGCGGGGAGAACGGGAAGAAGAAGCAGAGUACUACGAGCUAUUUGGCAGAGCGGCAUGGAAUAAAAAAUACCAGGACUAUGUAUCUUCCCUAUUAUAUCCCGUUGUUUGCCUGGAUGCGACAGUACAAAUGGGUAUAUCUGAAAGGAGAUCUGGUUGCUGCUAUUACUAUGGCUUCAUUAUACCUCCCUAUGGGAUUGUCCCUCGCCGAAAACCUCUCACACGUUCCGCCCAUCAAUGGUCUCUACUCUUUUGUAUUCAAUCCUCUUAUUUACGCCAUACUUGGAAGCUGUCCGCAGAUGGUAGUUGGUCCCGAAGCAGCUGGGAGUCUGCUUGUUGGAAAUGUCGUCAGAUCAAGCAUCGAUGCUGGUAGAACACCAGAAUGGGAGGAUGAAAUGCAUGCUAGGGUAGCAGGUGUUGUUACUGGUAUGGCUGGUGCCACUAUCUUUAUCGCAGGUAUCUGUCGACUAGGAUUUCUGGAUAGUGUGUUUAGUCGGCCAUUCUUGAGAGGAUUCAUCUCUGCUGUUGGCUUUGUUAUUUUUGUGGAUCAACUUAUUCCUGAGCUGGGACUCGUGGAACUGGCUUCAGAAGUCGGUGUCAGUCACGGCAGUAGUGUCGACAAGAUUGAGUUCCUGUUCAAAAAUGCGCACAAAGGCUCCGGCAUCACUGCUGCUGUUGCAGGAGUGAGUUUCGUCAUCAGCAUGGUGUUUAGGGAGAUGAAGAAACGUCUGCAACCCCGCUACCCAGCCGUCGCAUAUUUUCCAGAUCGCUUCCUCAUUGUCGUCUUGUCUGCUGUUUUGGCCUGGCAAUUGAGGUGGGAUGAAAUGGGCCUAGAGCUUCUUGGCAAAGUUGAACCUCCUUCUGGAAUGCCAUUCCAAUUUCGCUGGCCCUUCCAGAUAUCGCACAUGAAGCAUAUCCGCGAGGCCAUGGGCACCUCCUUCGUCAUCUCUCUGCUUGGCUUCUUCGAAUCGUCGGUUGCUGCUAAGAGCUUGGGUGGCGGGGACAAGGACGGACUCGAAGGCAUAGCGCUUAGUCCAAACCGUGAACUCAUUGCCCUGGGAGCUGCUAAUCUGGUAGGAUCGUGUUUCUGUGCACUUCCUGCUUUUGGUGGCUAUGGGAGAAGUAAGGUCAAUAAGAACACCGGAGGCAAGACACCUAUGAGCAGUGUUUUCCUAAGCCUGAUAUCCAUUUUCUCAAUUCUGUUUCUGCUACCCUGGUUCGCAUACUUACCUAAAGCCAUUCUAUCAUCUAUGAUCAGUGUAGUGGCAUGGUCACUCCUCGAAGAGAUUCCUCCUGACUUCAUGUUCUUUGUCAAGAUCAGAGGAUAUACUGAACUAGGCUUGAUGAUGAUCAUCUUUGCAUCAACUAUCUUCUAUGAUCUCAACAUGGGUAUAGCUAUAGGAGUAGGCCUAUCGCUCCUUGCUGUCAUUAGGCACAGCACUAGACCACGUAUUCAGAUUCUGGGAAGAAUACCAGGCACAAACAGGUUUGAGAAUGCGGAAGAUAAUCCGGAUAAACUCGAAUUCAUCGAAGGCUGCUUGAUCGUCAAGAUUCCUGAACCUUUGACGUUCGCCAACACCGGAGAUUUGAAGAAUCGUCUACGGCGACUCGAGCUAUAUGGCACAACAAGUGCUCACCCGGCUUUACCAAGAGUGCGGGCUCCAGAGCACAAUAAGAACAUCAUUUUCGAUAUUCAUGGCGUGACUGGGCUUGAUGGGUCUGGAACUCAAGUCCUCGAAGAGAUUAUACGUGGGUAUAGAGAGCGCGGGGUUCGUGUGUUCUUCACUCGUGGACCUGCGGAAGGAACUCCUAUUAUGGAGCUGUUUCGAAGAAGUGGAAUUCUCGAGGCGUGCGGGGGAAGAAGUCAUUUCGUCGCGGAUGUCGGGGAAGCUCUUCGAUUAACCGAGAUUGAAGAGGGUGGUGAAGAGUAUCCGAAUGCUGCUGGAGAUGAAGGCGGAGGGUAGAUCUCAUGUGUGUAUGAUGUGCUAGGUCCACCGUGUUGGUGACCUUAUUUGGAAAAGCCGGUGAACUUCUGAGCGGUGGUUGGAUGCGUGCAUUAGAAGGAGUUUGAAGGGCACUCGCAUGGUAAUGACAUUGUGCCAUGAAUUGGCACACACCAAAGUCACUGCUUCAUUGCACGAAUUGAUGAAUCGAGUCGACCUUCAUCACGUGUCGUGGAAGAUAUCAUCCGAAUGG